AUGAAGGAUAUUCAUGUAGUGGUGAUCUUCACAUUGUCCUUGGUCCUUCUUCCAAAGGCAAUCUCAGGCCUCAAUGAAGGUCAAAUGCAUGUUGGAUUUUACAGAGAAAAAUGCCCCCAUGCCGAAUUUCUGGUGUCUCACUACGUGGCCAAGGCAUUCAUUAGAGAUCGUGGCAUUGCAGCUGGUUUGAUUAGGCUUUUAUUUCAUGAUUGCUUCGUCAAGGGCUGUGAUGCUUCGAUUCUACUGGAUUCGACAUUCUCUGGUGAGCCUGUAGAGAAGGAUUCGGUUUUCAAUGGCAAAAGCCUUAGAGGCUUUGAGGUCAUUGAUAAGAUCAAGACCAAACUAGAGAUACUAUGCCCAGAGACAGUUUCUUGCGCAGACUUAUUGGUAUUCGCUGCUCGAGAAGCUGUUUUCCUCUCUGGUCUUCCUUACUAUGCUGUCCAUGGCGGCCGCCGCGACAGCCGUACUUCCCGCUCUGCUGAUGUUAACGGAAACCUUCCUAUGCCAACAAUGCCUAUGGAAGAAAUAAUUAGAAUAUUCGCCAGUAAAGGGUUAACCGUGGAAGAUUUGGUUGUUUUAUCUGGUGCACACUCCAUUGGACGAGCACACUGCAUGAUGUUCGAGUACAGACUAAACGAAACUAGUAGAAAUGAUCCCUAUAGCCCUUCCAUGGAGCCAACCUAUGCUGCUCAUCUAAAAAGAAGGUGUAACCAGAUGAAUUUAUCGACUAAGAUAGGGAAAAGAAAUGCAAUUGUGAGGUUUGAUCCCAGCACAGCAGACAGGCUCGACAAUGUUUAUUAUGUGAACCUGUUGAAAGGGAGAGGAUUGCUCCAAUCGGAUCAGGCAUUGGUCUUUGAUCCACAUACUGAACGGCUUGUGAAAGAAAUGGCUUUUGAUUCCGUAACAUGGUCUCGGAAGUUUGUCAACUCCAUGACUCGGUUAGGACACAUCAACGUUCUCACUGGAUAUCAAGUGAGAUUGGGAAAUUUUAAAGGCCAAACUCUUUAA